AUGUUGAUCCGAUUGUGGAAAUAUCCAGGUUUCUUCACUAAACCCAUUGUCCAAUCUUUUCUCUUUGUAAGACCCUUUUGCCAAUCAUCCCCGAAUUUGAAUUCAGUUGUCCAAACUAUCACCUCAUUAGUCCAAGAAUCAUAUAACCAACAACAGCAACAAAGAGCCCAUUUCAGUUUCUGGCCAGCGUUCUUUAAGCGUAACUUUCCUGUUGAAGAAAAUUCGGAUUUAUUGACCCCAGAAGAGGCCAUAACUGUGGCUGCAUCUUUGGCUAAUACGGAUGGCUCUAUGGUGGCACUGGGUUUCUUUUACUGGGCUAUUGAGCUCCCGAAAUUCAGGCACUUUAUGAGGUUUUAUCUUGUGCUGGUAAUGUGUUUGAUGAAAAAUGGAAACUCUGAAAGGGCCAAUGAAGUGAUGCAUUGUAUGGUGAGGAACUUUGGGGAGGUGGGUUUGCUUAAAGAGGCUGUGGACAUGGUUUUUGAGAUGCAAAAUCAAGGCUUGGUUCUCUCUGUUCAUACUCUGAAUUGUGUUUUAAAUGUUGCUUUGGAGAUUAGUUGGCUUGAUCUGGCUGAAAAUGUGUUCGAUGAAAUGUGUAAGAGAGGGGUUUCUCCUAAUUCUUGUAGUUUUGAGUCCAUGGUUGUUGGUUAUUGCAGAUUGAAAAGAGUUAUGGAAGCUGAUAGAUGGCUGGUUGCAAUGCUAGAAAGGGGAUAUCUCGUGGACAAUGCAACAUGUACUCUGGUUAUGGAUGUAUUUUGUGAAACAGAUUGCAUAAAUAGGGCACUUUGGAUAUUUGGCACGUUGUGUGAUAUAGGGGACGCAAGGAAUGCUUACAAGUUGCUCAAAACUGGUUUUGAAAGUGGAUUCUCCGCUGAUUUAGUUACUUACACUGUUCUCAUAUCAGAAAGCUGCAAGCGAGCAGAUCUGAGGCAAGCAUUAGCUUUUCUUACUAAAAUGGUAAAAUCAGGUAUCAUGCCUGAUGUACAUGUAUACACGACCUUAAUUUCCGCUUUUUGCAAAGAAAAUAGAAUGUGUGAAAGUGAAAAGCUCUUUGAUGAUGCUUUUCUGAAGCUUGGAAAGCUUUGCAGUGAAAAGAAGGUGGACAUAGCUGCUAUGUUUUUUGACAAGCUACUGGAGAAAACCCAUAAUGUGGAUCGUGUAACUCUUGCAGCAUUUAUGAGAGCGUGCUACGAUAGCAACAAUUAUGCACUUGUCUCAAAUGUCUCAGAGAAGAUUAUCGGACAAAAUGGGGAAUCAGGCACAGAAUAA